AUGAAGCACUUCGUCGCAUUUGCCCUAUUGGCUUUAACCGCUGCCUCCAGCGGAUCCUAUCUGCCAGCUGUGCAGUCGGUUCUUCCGUACUCCUACAACUCGGGACUCUAUGGCCUGGGUCUGAAUGGGUAUGAUGGUCUUGGUCACUACUCUGGAUUUGCUGGACUGGGCUACUCCUCCGUGCUGGAUCACGGACUGUCCUACCCGUACUCGGCCGCUCUUCCAUACUCUGUCUACAACAAUGGUCUCUAUGGAGGAUAUUACGGUGCCAAGUACGCCCCAACUGUGGUCCAGGCCAACGUCAACACUCUGAACACGGUCAACCCAUUGGGUGUUUAUGGAGGAUACUACGGAGCCAAGUACGCCCCAACUGUGGUCCAGGCCAACGUCAACACUCUGAACACGGUCAACCCAUUGGGUGUUUAUGGAGGAUACUACGGUGCCAAGUACGCCCCAACUGUGGUCCAGGCCAACGUCAACACUCUAAAGACGGUCAGUCCGCUGGGUCUGUAUGGAGGAUACGGAGUCGAACACGGAUACGGUCUGGGUCACGGCUAUGGCUACGGAUACAACAACUACCUCCCAGUGCAGGCCCAUGCUGCGAAGUACGUUGCUGCCAACCCGGGAGCCGUCCAUGUGGCUCCUCUUCCAGGACAUCUAGUCAACCAGAAGUCGAUUGUUGCCUAA